AUGCUCGUUGAAUUGUUUUGUUUGGUUUCAAUUGUCUACAGUUUGCCAGUUGCCAAUAAAGAUUUGCAGACUGUUAAACCUGACUACAAAGUGAUCAAGUACACCUACUCACGUGACAACGACACUGAUGUUAUGGAUCAGGAACCACCAAACCUUCAAUUGAUACCCCUGGACUUUCUUUGUGAAUUCUGUCAAGUGGUAAUUCUCAAAUUGAAGGAACGGCAAGCGACAGAAGACGAUUUUGAGGAGAAAAUCCGAGCAGAGUGCCGGAACUCUACAGACGAUUCUAGUAGUUUGUGCGAUGUUAUCAAUCGAGUAAACCUAGAUCGUUUGAAGAAAGAUGAUCCAAAAGAUAUAUGUCAAAGUCAGGGAAUGUGUACUGGGGCAGUGUCUGCUUUGAGUGGAUCAGUGGUGUCUGGAAAAGAGCCAGGACCACCGGGAACGGCACCAAAUCAAAAGUUGGGAGUACCAGCAGACGAUGAAAUUGAAAAACAUUUAAGCAUCGAUGAAACCAAUGUGAAUGCUACAUUAAAUGUGGAAGAUAUUGCUCCAUAUAGUUGA